GAUACUUUAGCGUUUCACCGACUCUCGCUUCCGAUAUCGAAGGCAACGGCACUUGCUUCCACUCACCUACAUACCUCCAAUUUCCCCCAAGAUCUCUUGAUCGUGUAGCAGACACCUUUCUUCUUCUCGCAUAAAGAAUCUCUUCGAUAUUCACUGAAGUUCAAGAUCGCGCCUUGUUUUUCGUAGACUCGGCUCGGUAUUCGGAUCCUGCAGGCUCUCCAUUCUGCAAUAGAAAAAACCGUUUUGGUUCUCCAACCUUCUGGCAAAAUAAUUAAAAAAUAAACAAGAGUGCCAAGAUGAUUCAUAUCGAGUUUAUCAAGAAUGAGCCCCAGAAUUCAGCUACAGAAAAGACCAUGACGGUAGCGGAAAUCCAGGCGUAUCCAAAAACGCGACUCGACAUGUCGGCGUUCCAGGAAAAGUGUCCGAUGGAACCUCCCCAGGAGAAAACUCUGGAAGCGCACGACAACAAGAGCUACUCCGGCCUGCUUCCAGCCGAAGUGGGCACCGACUACUCCUUCAAAAGGAAGAUCGUUUGGAAGAAUGCGAUCGGCUUCUUCGCCCUUCAUCUGGCAGCAGUUUAUGGACUGUGGCUGAUGGUCGCUGACUGCUACUGGAAAACCGACAUCUGGGCUCUUCUUGUAGGGUUCAGUAGCGGGUUGGGGGUGACCACAGGGGCGCACCGGCUGUUCUCGCACAAGGCCUAUAAGGCGCCCUUUAUCACCCGACUGGUGCUCAUCUUGUUCCACACAUUAGCUGGACAGAACUGUCUUUAUAUUUGGGUGCGCGAUCACAGACAGCAUCACAAAUACAGCGACACUGACGCCGAUCCGCACAAUGCGCAUCGCGGCUUCUUCUUCUCUCACGUGGGCUGGCUGAUGAGCAGAAAACACCCUGCUGUCAUCGCCAAAGGCAAAACCAUCGAUAUGAGCGACAUGCAAGCCGAUUGGUUGGUCAUGUUCCAAAAGCAGCACUACAAGGUUCUUUAUGCGAUUUUCGCGAUUUUCCUGCCCGCAGUGGUGCCAGUUUACUCCUGGGGGGAAAGCUGGUGGAACUCCUUUUUUGUCGCCUACAUGUUCAGAAGUGUGCUUGUGCUGAACAUGACCUGGCUGGUCAACAGUGCCGCUCAUAUAUGGGGAAACAAGCCCUUUGACAAAUAUAUGGAGCCGGUGGAAUCGAGCUUCGUCGCAUUUGUUUCGGUUGGAGAGGGUUGGCACAAUUAUCACCACGCCUUCCCUUGGGACUACCGGGCGGCCGAAUUGGGCUCCAAAUACAGCAUUACCACUUUUGUUAUCGAUGCCCUGGCCUACUUCGGGCUGGCCUACGACCUCAAAUCCACCCCCUAUCACAUGGUGAAAAGGAGAGUCGAGCGCACCGGCGAUGGUUCGCAUCCCAUCUUCGGCCCUCAUGCCGAAAAGCUGGAGUCGACUGGCAAACUGGAUGAUGUGGAUAUUGCGGACAUUGUGAAGAGUAAGGAGGUGGGAUUAGUGAGAAGACUGCCUACAGCUCAAGGGUAGAACUGCGUGAUUAGAUUGAAUUGGACUAAAGUACAAUUAAGGAACGAGUUUUGAGGGAAAACCUGUUUGGGUCUCCUCCCCCAGCUCAGUUUGUUACCACCCCAUGGUGCAACCACAUUGUUAUAAGAUUUAAUGUUAAUUUAUAUGUGGCUGUAUAUGCAAUGAAUGGCCUCUUACCGCCCGGAAACCAGUCAAAACCAGGGCAUAAGCCUGUGCCAUGUUUACCCCUUGGUGCAGGCUCAAAUGGUCGUUUAUUGGGAAAAGUUCAACAACUAUUUAUAUGUUUUUAGCUCUAGUGUAGUUUAAGUGGUUAACACCAAAAUAUUUAUAUUGUUUUGUGCGAUUCUUAUGUGAUGUGUGAUAGUUAUUUUUCGAAAAAAAAAAAACGUUAAACGAUGACAUUGAGCACUUUUGUUGUGAUUUGAACAUACAGGAAAACAAUGCACUCAAUUCGUUUCAAGCAUCUACACACUUUAUGGGCUACAAAUUGGUUAUUAAUGGCGACGUUUGUCUAAAGCAUUUCCCAAAAAACGCACAAGGAUGUGAUUUCAUGCAAACAUACGGGGUGAAAAUUGGGGUCAUCUCUGGGGGGCUCACCCUGUAUACCUCCGGGGUUCCGUAGAAGAAGCGCCUUAACGAAAUUUAAGAUUCUGGAUGUAAAACUGAUACGAAAUGUCCAACAAAUAAAUAGGAUUUCUCCGCAAUUUGCUAGAAA